GCAUCGAUAAAUUGGAGACAGGCAGCAGAACCCUAAGAAGCAGCGGCAAGUGUGUGAGAGAAGAUGAAGUUCAACCCGCGAGUGUCGAGCAGCCGCCGCAAGAGCCGGAAGGCUCAUUUCACAGCGCCGUCGAGCGUGCGGCGUGUGUUGAUGAGCGCGCCUCUCUCGACUGACCUACGUUCGAAGUACAACGUGCGGUCGAUGCCGGUGCGUAAGGAGGACGAGGUGCAGGUGGUGCGUGGGACCUACAAGGGACGCGAGGGGAAGGUGAUGCAGGUGUACCGUCGCAAGUGGGUGAUCCACAUCGAGCGCAUCACGCGCGAGAAGGUGAACGGCUCCACCGUCAACGUCGGCAUUCACCCCUCCAAGGUGGUUAUAACCAAGCUCAGACUCGACAAGGAUCGUAAGUCUCUCCUCGACCGCAAGGCCAAGGGUCGCGCCGCCGCAGACAAGGAGAAGGGAACAAAGUUCGCUCCCGAAGACAUCAUGCAGACUAUUGAUUAGUGUCUUUCCCUUUUUUGCCCUUUUUUUAUUAAUCAUACAAACCUAAUGUUAUGCAUCUUUGAGGAUCUUGUAGUCUUUUUCCAUCUCUACUAUUCAUUCUCCUUUUUGAAGGCUUUUGUUUUCUUAUGAUUUAAUGUUAAUUAAACGUUCUCGUGCUAUCUCUUUUCUGGUUUUUCGCGUUAAUGAUUUAAUUAAUUGCAAUGCUAGUAGUUUUAGCUCAGUUAUAUGCAUUUGGAUCUUAAAAAUGAUGAAUGUCGAUGUACUGUAGCUGAUUGUGAAUAUUUUUCAUUUUACCUGUGAAACGUUCUUAGAAUGCUAUGGCUUACCGCUUGAACUAUGUGAUUCUGUUGUGGAAUAGAACUGUGUUUUGACGUUGUCUUGGACUGUUGUGCAUGGUGCUGUGGAUGAUGAGAUUAACAAUUUUACAGUUAUCCCUGGCUGAUAUAGCAGGUGCUGAAAAUUUGUAAUCUGACAUUGCACUGUUAAGCUUUAUAAUAAAUUACCCAGGGGUAGUAUGGGUGCAUUUGUAAUCCUUUGGGUGUUUAUUUGAGAGAGAACGCGUAGUUUUAUGUUGUGAAAAUUCUCGUUUUCAUAAUUUUAAUUCUGCUGAAAUCAAGCUGAAUGGAAGUCCAAUUUUCACCAUUGAUUUUGCAUGUGUUUUUAUCUAACAUUUUUGGCCUCUCAUCCUCCUUAUUUCCUAUUCAUAGCUUGUCCUGUGAAUUUUUUAAGGUUGAAUCGUACAUUGCUGGCCUUUUGAGUUAAUUUCAGGCAAAUAUAUGUGGGUGUGCCGCUUAAUUUGGUUAUAUGUUUUGAUUGUAUGCAUGAUGUGGAAAUGUGUGGCAUGACUGUGUCCUUGUGCAUUGUGUUGACUAAGGCGAUGUUGUGUGCUUGUUCGUAGUAGUUCAAGUGUUUUAGAUUUUUGUGUUGCUGAGGUUUUUUAUACAAUAUCUUUUUUUGGAGAUUCUGAUUUCGACAUGAAAAAAUUGUUUGUUCCUACCAUCUCUGUUCAGUAUUAAGUUAGAUAAGAUAAACGAAACUGGGUCAGGUUUCUUCUGACGAUAGACGGCGUUUAGGUUUAGUUUUAAGUUUGAUGACAGUACGAAAUGUUGUGAUGAGAGAGUGAUGUAUGUGGAAGUCAUUAUUUGCACUAUGCACUUCCGUGUUGAAUUAUUUGCACUUCCAUUUUUUAAUCUGCUACAUUUUUUGUCUAGCUUUCGAUUCAUAAUUAUUUGGAAGUUUUGAUAGAAUUACUUAUUUGUUGUCUAUCAGGGGGAACAAUAAAUUUAAAAUUUCAGUUGACGAAUGAACUUAAAGGUCCAUUUGUCAUCUCACCUCUUAUAAUUAAAAAAAUUGUAUGCGGUUUUUUAGGUUGAUAAUAUUCCCGCGAAUGCGAUUUUAAGAAAAUGAGUCUCCUAUAUAAGCUUUGGAGAUCUUCCUCUAGACAGAAUUCUUGAGUUAUAAAAACCAUUAGAUUAUAAAUUCUCUAAAUGAAAUUCGGCAAAAAUCACCGGUGAACUAUGAAAUUAGCAAUUUAAGAACUGGAUUUCGGCUUCAUAAACCGUUCUUUUUAACAUUUUAACAUUGCAUCAAUAAAAAAUUUAUAUAUGGCAAAGUUUUAUUAAAAUCAAUAGUCAGUCAAUGCAACUUUGCUUCGAAAUUAUUAAAUAAAUACAUUUUAAUUAAAUUUAUCACGUAUUGGUUGCUUAUCGUGUGUAAUAUUUAUUUGUUAUAAAAAUUAAUUUUGAUUUAAUAAAUACCUCUUGCUCAACAAGCUACAAGU